CAACUCCUCUGUAAUGUGAUGCUGAAAUGGGGCGCAUCUCAAGCUCUGGGUUCAUCAUCGCUGUCCCUGUUUGAUACCCGACCAUGGGGCGGAAGCUGGACCUGUCCGGUUUGACGGAAGACGAGACGGAGCAUGUUCUCCAGGUGGUGCAGAGGGACUUCAAUCUGCGCAAGAAAGAGGAAGAACGACUCAGUGAGAUGAAGCAGAAGUUGGAUGAGGAAGGCAGCAAGUGCAGCAUCCUCUCAAAGCACCAGAAGUUUGUGGAGCACUGCUGUAUGCGCUGCUGCUCACCCUUCACCUUCCUCGUCAACACCAAACGCCGGUGUGGGGACUGCAAGUUCAAUGUCUGCAAGAGCUGCUGCUCCUACCAGAAGCAUGAGAAAGUCUGGGUCUGCUGCGUCUGCCAGCAAGCCAGGAUCCUGAGGACCCAGUCGCUGGAAUGGUUCUACAACAAUGUCAAAAGCCGCUUCAAGCGCUUCGGCAGCGCCAAAGUCCUGAAGAACCUGUACAGGAAGCACCGGCUGGAGAGCGGCACUUGCUUCGACCUGCUGGGAGGAGGGUUUUUUGAGUCCAACCUGGAGAAUGAAGGAAGCAUCUCAGGAAGCGACUCCACGUUCUACAGGCAGUCUGAAGGACACAGCAUGAUGGACACCUUGGCAGUAGCACUAAGAGUAGCUGAAGAAGCCAUCGAGGAAGCCAUCUGCAAGGCCGAGUCCUACGGGGACAGCCUGGACAAACAGAACGAGGCCAGUUACCUGCGGGACCACAAGGAGGAGCUGACGGAGGAGCUGGCAAGCACCAUCCUGCAGAAGAUCAUACGAAAACAGAAGAGCAAAAGUGAGCCGCCGAUGGAGGAGGAGCCCGAGGGGCCGCAGACCCCCCUCAGCAGCCCGAAGGCGGUGGACGGUGACAUCGUGGCUGCCCCGGGAGCCCGCCGGGCCCCCGCCACUCUCUGGCGGUCCCAUUCUGCCUACUCCAUCACCGGGGAGGAUGCCCCGAAGACCCCGUCCCUGGAGGCGGCGUCAAGGCACCGGGGGGCCCGCGGCCAACACCCGAGGGAUGAGUCUGUGCUGCCCAGCUGGAAGAGCGUGGACCGGCUGGAUGAAAGAAACCUGGCCGCGGUUCUACAGAGCCCCGAUGGGAACUGGGUGGCCUUGAAGGAUGGCACACUGCCCCCGACCCGCCUUCUGGUCAAGCCCAAGAGUGGGACCUUCCAGGCCCUAGAGGAGGCCUCCAGCGUGGCAUCCGCCUAUGACGAGAUGGGCUCCGACAGUGAGGAAGAUUUUGACUGGAGUGAAGCCCUGAGCAAGCUGUGCCCACAGCCCCAGGGCCGGCCCAGGCACCCCCAGCCUCAGCCCACGCAGGCUCAGAGUGUGGCCGGCCCAUCAGCUGCCUCCCCGUCCUGUGUGAUGUCCCCUCACCCUGAGACCAUGUGCUCAGACUCCGAGACCUCCUCGGCAAGCUCCUACCGGGAGCCUGGGCGCCGGGCCCGGCUGGCCUGGCUGCAGAGGAAGGGGCCCAGGAACCCCAAGGCUGAGAAGCUGCGGCUCCAGGGAGAGCUGGACGUGAACUUCAACCCCCAGGUGGCCAGUGGGGAGACCUCAGACAGCAGCGAGCCGGAGGAGGCCCCCCAGGCCACAGAUCGGUGGGCCAGGAGGUGGAGGAGGGUCCGUGUGAGCUCAGAGGAUCUAAGCAGAGAGCUGGCUUCCCCCAGCGCCCACGCCCAGGACCUGCACGCACGCCAGGUGUCAGGUGACGUAUCGGAGACAGACGGCAGCGUGGAGGGUCAGCACUCCUGGACCGGCCCGGACUCCGCCACAGAGCAGACACUCAGGAACAGGCUGUACGAGUUGGCCAUGAAAAUGAGUGAAAAAGAGACUUCUUCCGGGGAGGACCAGGAGUCUGAGACCCAGAAGGAAAGUGUGUCCUCCGAAGAGAACAGCCGCAGCGUCCAGGAGGAGCUCAAGAAGAAGUAUUCUGCUGUCUCUCUCUGCAACAUCUCCACAGAAGUCCUGAGAGUCAUCAAUGCCACGGAAGAGUUGAUAGCAGAGUCUGCAGGGCCCUGGGAGUCCCCGCCAGCCCCUCCCGACGGAGACAAGGGCACGUUUCCUCUUGGGACAGACCAAGUGAGACUGGAUGAGCAGCUGACCUCACUGGAAGAAAACGUGUACCUGGCAGCUGGCACCGUGUACGGGCUGGAGGGCCAGCUGAGCGAGCUGGAAGACGCCGCCCGCUGCAUCCACAGUGGCACCGAGGAGACGGAACUGGCAGAUCUGGAGGACCAGGUGGCCACGGCUGCAGCCCAGGUGCACCAGGCCGAGCUCCAGAUAUCCGACAUCGAGAGCCGGAUUUCAGCCCUGACCGUCGCGGGCUUGAACAUCGCUCCCUGUGUGCACCUCACGAGACGACGGGAACAGAGGCAAAGGAGCCAGGUUCACACCAUAGACACAUCAAGGCAGCAGAGGAGGAAGUUGCCUGCUCCGCCAGUGAAAGCCGAAAACACUGAGGCAUCUUCCAUGACUGCCGUGAAAACAUUUAACCGCAAUUUCAUUCUCCAAGGCUCCUCCACGAGCAGAAGCAAGGAGAUGAGAAGCACCUGCACGGAUUUGGUGGAGCCCACCCUGGAGUCCGCUGUGAUGUAUUAA